UAAGAUGAAGUAGUAAAAGUGCCAGUUCCCUUGGGUAACAAGACCAGAUCUUCAAAUGCUAAAAUAAUUUUGAGUGGAAGAUAAAGUGAACAUUUUGGAUAUGGUUCUUAAUGGAAGUUUUUUUACUACCAACAAUCUCAUUCCCUGGCAAGGAAAUUCUUAUCUUGGGCGAUAUGACUUCCGUAAUUAGUUGUUAUCAGUUACAAUAUGUAAGGGGAUCAUGUUUCGUAAUGAUUCACUGAUGACUGAUGGUUUGGUUUCACUGGACAAUGCAAUUUUCGACCAUUCGGAAGUUUUGGCGUGGAAAGCAUAAUCCAAAAUUUGGUAAACACCACCACAACCAAAUUUGCCACCGCUUGGAUACGUGCGUUUGGCAUAACUAUUGGUUUAAUCACACCUCUGUAUAUUCUCUAAUCUUUCACUCCAAGGAUAAAGAUAUUUAGUUUCACAACGAUAUCAGUUUUCGCGGCCGAUUGUUUGAGCGACAUACCUUCUGCAUGUAAUUUCUAUCCUUUCAAAGCGUGCGGCCGCUGAUUUUGUUUAAAAUGCUGCCGUAGCAAUUAACGCAUAGGUAACGAUCCUAUUUCAAUGACGCCGACUUAUUUACCUACGUUCGCUUAUCAUUUUGAUAAAUUCUACAGGGUGCGCUUGGAAAAGUCGGGUUAUCGCUUAUCGUUGCUAGGACUACCUACGUGUUGAAAAUUGUGCCAAUUACCUCUGGAACAACGUUAAUAAUUUGUGUAACUAAUGAAACGUUAAUUUGAGGUGUGGUUUGUGAUAAGAUGAGUGACACAGACUUGAAACAUUCCAUUUCGUCCGAAAGUGUGGACUCUCUGGCGGAUAUUUUAAAUAACUUAAACUCUGACGACGACGAGGACCACACAGACUUGAAUGAAAACAAAGUCAUUUCAGAACCUGGGCAGACAAAGACAGAAGGAAAUGAGCCAUUAAUCCUUAAUCAGGAUGCAUCCAAUAACAUUAUUAAUCAGUUUCUGAACCAUUGCAAUGACGAUGCGGAAGCACGACUUUUGGCAAGACGGCAGGCUCGUGCGGAAGCGAGAGACAUUCGUAUGCGAGAAUUGGAGCGACAGCAAAAGGAGCAGGAGGAAAAUGCCGACCGACAGUACGACAUGAUAGAGGCGACACAUCGAACUACCAGAACGAGCGGGAGUCGUUUCCUUUCCAGCAGGCGAAGUUCGGAGGACUCGCUCGAGGAUGGGGGCAGCAUUAGAGAAAUACGGCACGAACUUAAGGAGAUGGAGGAGAAGUUUCGUAAGGCCAUGAUCGCCAAUGCUCAACUGGACAACGAUAAGGCGUCACAGACAUAUCAGUUAGAACUUCUCAAAGAUAGGUUAGAGGAAUUAGAGGAGGAGUUUUCGCAACUUCGACGAGAGCACAGGGAUAAAUGUAGGGAGCACGAUCAAUUGAAAAGGUUAGAGGCCCGACUUAAGGAUGAUUUGGCUGUGACCUGUGCAGAGUUGGAGGAACGUGAUCGUUUAAUCGCAGAAAAAGGCUUAGUGAUAGUGGUAGAAGAUGUUCCUUCCUAUGACGAUGAUAGUAGGGAAGAUGUUACUGUUAAUGGAAUCUGUAGUACGCCGAGAAAAACCUUGGUUACUGCGGAAAAUGCACAAUUAUUAGAGAAUGCGGGAGAAGGUAGCUUAGAUGUUCGAUUAGCGAGGUUUGCGUUAGAGAAAAAGGAUCUACAAGAUCAAAUCAGUCACUUAAGGUUAGAGCUAGAGGAAGAGCGAAAUAGAAGACGGAAGACGAGCGGAGUAACACUAAACGGCCCGAUCUCCGAUUCAGAAUACGAUCCGGAUGACAGUCAAAGAGAUGUUGGAAGACAGCUGGCCGAUUACAAGUUCAGGGCGCAGAAAGCGGAGCAGGACGUCGCCACUUUGCAGGCUACCGUGGCUAGACUAGAAAGUCAAGUGAUAAGGUAUAAAUCGGCGUCGGAGAUCUACGAGAAAUCGGAGGAGGCGUUAAAACAGGAGAAGAGAAAGUUGCAAAGAGAGGCACGAGAAGCGCAAAAUCGAGCCGAAGAAUUGGAAACGGCAAACACCCACUUGCUGAAACGCUUAGAUAAAUUAAAAAAUGCCAAAUCGACUCUACUUAAAGAACUCUGAUAUUGAAAUGAUGAAAUAGAUUUAAAUACCGCUCAAAUGUACAAGGCAAAAAGGACGAGGA